AUGAAUGAUGUGCUCGAACGCCCUCAGGAAUGGCAGGAACUCAAGAGGAUCACCACUGAAUUCAGGGACUUUGCGUUGAGCAUACUUCUGUUGCAUCAUGGACGCGCUGUCAUACGGAUGCACUUCUUCGAUAGCAGCCUCUUCGGCAACAGGUUCUUUGGCAGCAUGUUCUUCAGCAGCAAACUCACCUUGCUGUGUCGUGGCGCCACCCUCUGGAGCCUCGUGUUCAGUGUGCAUGGUGGGUAUGCGGGCAUCAUAAAUGGUACAAAGGUGAAGGAGGACUCCAGGCUUUACAUGGUGUCUGUGCAGCAGGUGAAGAGGCAUGCUUGUGGCGGGUUCUUGGUGGAUAAAUAUUUCGUCAUGACUGCUGCCCAUUGCAUUUAUAAGGAGGUCAAUGUUGUGGCAGGGGUGACUGUUGUAGUUGGGGACCAUAACAUCAGAAAACAGACACCUGGAUCAAGGAAGGAAGUGAAAUACUUCUACAUUCAUCCAAAAUACAAUCCCAAGACACUUGAGAAUGACAUUGCACUUCUACAGCUCGCUGGGGGACUUCAGACAUCCAAGUCUGUAAACUGGAUAGCUCUUCCAGAUAAAGUCACAAACAUUAAGGCUGCAUUGGUUUGCAGUGUGGCUGGCUGGGGUGCCACGAAAACCAAUGGGCGUGAGAAUGUUGAUCUUCUAGAAACAAAUGUGAUCAUCGUACCAAGACAGGAAUGCAAGAAAAAAUGGAAAAAACUGUCUAAAGAAGUUGUGUGCGCAAGCGGUGACAGUGGAUUUUGUCAGGGUGACUCAGGAGGUCCUCUGGUGUGCAACGGCAAAGCUGAAGGUAUUGUGUCUUUCAAUGAAAAGAACAACUGUGACAAGCCAACCAAACCAAAUGUCUACACCAGAGUAUCAGCAUACCUGCCCUGGAUCAACAACAUUUUGAAGAAUCCCAAGAAUUGUGAAGAUCCAAAGUCAAACUCAAAGUCACUUGAGCUUGUUGACGCUAUGGGGUCUGCAGCUAUGCUCUGGCUAGUGGCUUCCUUACAAUUGCUGCUGGACAUCUCAGGUGCAUAUGGUGUUUACGUGGGCAUUAUAAAUGGCACAGAAGUGGACAAUGGCUCCAGGCCUUACAUUGUGUCUGUGCAGAAGGGAAAGACACAUUGGUGUGGUGGAUUCCUGGUGCAAGAGUCCUUUGUCAUGACUGCAGCCCACUGCAUCCAGUGGGGUGUUGAGUUGACUGCUGUGGUUGGGAUUCAUAACAUUAAAAACCCAAAAGCAAGGGUGCCAGUGAAAUUCUACCACAUCCAUCCAGGAUACAAUAACAAGACGCUUGAUAAUGACAUUGCUCUUCUACAGCUUGAAGGUGAGCUUAAGAGGUCUAAGUCCGUGAACUGGAUAGCUCUUCCCAAGAAAGACACAGAUGUCAAGGCUAAAUCCAGGUGUACCGUGGCUGGCUGGGGCAGAACCACAACCAAGGGGGCAGCAAACAAUGUUCUCCUAGAGGUUAAAGUGGACAUUGUGAAGAGAGAGAAGUGUAAGGCAUAUUGGGGAAAUCUCCCUAAAGGAACAGUUUGUGGGAGCACGGGCUUCUGCCAGGGUGACUCAGGAGGCCCUCUGGUGUGCAACGGCAAAGCUGAGGGUAUCGUGUCUUACAAUGAAAAGAACAACUGUGACAAGCCAACUAAACCAAAUGUCUACACCAGAGUAUCAGCACAUCUGCCAUGGAUCAAUGGCAUUCUAAAGAGCUUCAAGAACUGAAGAGACCAGAUGCAUGUUGAUGAAAUUUGGUAGUUUAUUUGUUAUUCAUGUAUUUCUUUAAUAUUAUACUUUUACAAGUAUAUUCUUUCCACAGAACAUUAUUUUAUUUAUGACCUGGUCUGAAGGCUAAAAUUGUAUGCAUCUGUCAUCCAAGCCAGCAAUAGCGUCACGAUGUGGCUUUGCUAGCGUGCUUCAAGUCCAUGUGAACUUUCAUUUCAGCUUCAUGUGAAAUUCUUCACCAUUUUUUUUAUAGCUGUUGACACAGCAAAAUUGUACAAUAGUUCAAAGCUGCAAGGUGGAAAUAUGUGGUGAGAACGUCGAUCACAGCUCAUGUUGGUUUCCUGCGGAUGAGGUCAUUGCUUGAAGCAGGGACCACAGGUUUGCUGCAGGGGUCUGCAGACGCAUGGGGUCCUUACGGGAAAGUGUGCAGAGACACAACGAGGGAGGAAAUAGUUUGAGUCAGCAAAUGUGGUAAUUACUGUGAAACAUUUCUGAAGAAACAUGAUUGUAACUCGAAACGGGACCCCAUUGCAUUUUAUGCAUUGGGAGGGGGGGUCUUUUCAGAUUAUUUUGACCUGUGCUCGAGAAACAGCCGCUAGAGGCCCUGGUCUGAAGUGAUUGUCUUUCAUAAUAAAACUAUGCAUUUGCACAUUGUGUGGUCUGUGA